AUGGAACAAGUGACAAGGCAAGGAAUGCUGGUAGAGGUGCCAAGACUGGAAGAGGUGCCAACGCUGGAACAAGUGCCAAUGCUUGAAGAGGUGGGAGGGGUGGAAGAGGGGCCAACGCUGGUAGAGGUGAGAGGGGUGGAAGAGGUGCCAAGAUCAUCUGAUAAUAACAAUAAGAAGAAAGCUCCGGCCGCACACAAAUCUCCGGUAUUCGACUGCGAUUGCUUCGAUAAUUACACGAACUACUGGUUCCGAUGGGACACGUCUGUUAACCGAGAGCUAAUUCAUCAAGUAAUUGAAGCUAUUGAAGAAAACUUUACCAGUAGUGAACAGGUUAACUGUCACGGCCGUAAACCUAACCAGAAGAAAGAGAAGGCGAAUCAUCGAAGGUUCGCCGGAAAAGCUUUAAAUCCUCCGCCAGAGGUUUCGGUUUCGCCUCCGUACGACAUCUCAUUAGUUGAAGAAUGUGCAAAGGAAGAACAUGAGGUAGUGGAGGAGUCGCCGGAGACGGAUGCAACGGCGAGAAGAGGACUUCCAGAAGUGAAAGGGUUGUUUAACUGGCGUUUGUGGGGACUUUGGAAUCCGUGA